GACUGUAACCCAACAACAACAACCCCGCUCCAUCAUCCCCGCCGCUGCCAUCCUCAUCCACACGACUCCGCACACUGCAGGCGCCAUGCAAACCCCAGAGGUGGGCGCUGACUCUGCAUCUACCGUGCCCCUCCAGACCAGCGUGCCUGUCCAGCCUGCUGUCUCCGCCCAGCAGGUGGCUUCUCAGGUGCCCGUCCAGCAGCAGGCACAGACUGUUCAGCAGGUCCAGCAUGUGUAUCCAGCACAGGUGCAGUACGUGGAGGAGAACAGCGGCGUGUACGCUAAUGGAAACAUCCGGACAUAUUCGUAUUCGGAGCCUCAGCUGUACAGCCAGAACAGUGGCGGCAACUACUUCGACACGCAAGGCAGCUCCUCCCAAGUGACCACGGUGGUGACGUCGCACAGCCUGGCCAACAAUGGCAACGGCAACGGCAGCCUGGGCAUGGGGCUGUCCGGCGGCCAGAUCAUCAGCAGCUCGGGUGCUUACCUGAUCGGGGGCAACUCCAUGGACAGCCCUGCCCCUCACGCCACCGCCCAGACCACCAGGGCCUCCCCGGCCACGAUUGAAAUGGCGAUUGAGACGCUCCAAAAGUCUGAGGGUUUGUCCAGUCAGAGGAGUUCACUGCUCAACAGCCAUCUGCAGUGGCUCCUGGACAACUACGAGACGGCCGAGGGCGUGAGCCUGCCCCGUUCCACCCUCUACAACCACUACUUGCGCCACUGCCAGGAGCAGAAGCUAGACCCGGUCAACGCCGCCUCGUUCGGCAAGCUCAUCCGCUCCAUCUUCAUGGGCCUGCGCACGCGUCGCCUGGGAACCAGAGGGAACUCCAAGUACCAUUACUACGGGAUCCGGGUGAAGCCCGACUCUCCGCUGAACCGUCUGCAGGAGGACAUGCAGUACAUGGCCCUCCGGCAGCAGCCUGUCCAGCAGAAGCAGAGGUUCAAGCCGGUGCAGAAGGUGCACGGCAUGUCGGCCGAGAGCUAUCCUGGCAGCGGGCAGCACACCCCCAGCGCCGCCGAGCAGACCGUGAUCGAACAGAGCCAGCACCAUCAGCAGUUCCUGGAUGCCUCUCGGGCUCUGCCCGAAUUCAUGGAUCUCGACCUGGGAGAGAGCGGAGUGGACGGCACAAGCGUGGAGGACGUCAAAGCCCUUCAAGCACUGUACAGAGAACACUGCGAAGCCAUCUUGGACGUGGUGGUAAACCUCCAAUUCAGCCUGAUCGAGAAACUGUGGCAGACGUUCUGGCGCUACUCCCCCUCCAGCUCUGUAGAGGGAGCCACCGUAACGGAAAACAGCGGCGUGAGUGAGAUCGAGGGGCGCCUGCCGCGGCCCAGACUGCUGCUGCUGUGUCGGAGCGAGGCAGUGCUAAAGUGGAUGGGCGCCUGCGACCACCUGAUGUACCAGGCGUUGGUCGAGAUUCUCAUCCCCGACGUGCUCAGACCCAUUCCUAGUGCCUUGACUCAAGCCAUCCGUAACUUUGCCAAAAGCCUUGAGGGCUGGCUCACCAACGCCAUGAGCGCCAUCCCCCAGAAGAUGAUCCAGACCAAGGUAUCCGCUGUUAGUGCCUUCGCCCAGACCCUGCGCAGAUACACGUCGCUGAACCACCUGGCCCAAGCAGCGCGGGCCGUCCUGCAGAACACCUCCCAGAUCAACCAGAUGCUGAGUGACCUUAACCGCGUUGACUUCGCCAACGUGCAGGAGCAGGCCUCGUGGGUGUGCCAGUGUGAGGAGGGCGUGGUUCAGCGGCUGGAACAGGACUUCAAGGCCACGCUGCAGCAGCAGAGCUCCCUGGAGCAGUGGGCCGCCUGGUUGGACAACGUAGUGAGCCAGGUCCUCAAGCCCUACGAGGACCGGCCCAGCUUCCCCAAAGCCGCCCGCCAGUUCCUGCUCAAGUGGUCCUUUUACAGCUCCAUGGUGAUCCGGGACCUGACCCUGCGCAGUGCCGCCAGCUUCGGCUCCUUCCACCUCAUCCGCCUGCUCUACGACGAGUACAUGUUCUACCUGGUGGAGCACCGCGUCGCCCAGGCAACCGGGGAGACACCCAUUGGGGUCAUGGGUGAGUUUGAUGAGCUGAACGCCAUGUCACCCACCAACAUCGACAAAGAUGAGGUGAGCGAGGUGGACAGCGACCUGGACGAGGAGAUGGAGGAGGCCGACGAGCCGCUAGCCAAGCGUGAGAGGGCAGAGGCGGAGGUGAUCCAGGUGCUGCACGUGGGGGCCAUGGAGGACGGCAGCAGCGCCGUGGUCGGGGUGUUGCAGCCAGGCAUGCUGGGCGUAGCGGGGCAGCCGACGCCUCCGCUCGCGGGCCCGGCCGAGCACGUGCUCGGCCCGGCCGCCACCACCAGCACCAUCCGCCACUGCGGCAGCGCUGGGAACGCCUAUGCGUCUGUGUGA